AUUUAUACCCCCAUUCGAUCCUUCUUCUUCUUCAUCGAUCACCUACAACUUACUUCCAAUUUAAGAAAAAAGAAACACCAAUCUUGAGAUAGCAUGAGUUCAACAAGCAGAGCAUGGAUGGUGGCAGGAGCCGUUGGAUUGGUAGAGGCACUCAAAGAUCAAGGGUUUGCACGAUGGAACUACACCAUCAGAACCAUCCACCACCAAGCCAAAUCCAAUUUCCGGUCAAUCUCCCACACCAAGAACCUGUCAUCACCGGCGGCCAUGGCUCCAAGCAAAGGCCUACGACUAGAGAAAACACGCCAAUCGGAGGAGUCUUUGAGAAAAGUCAUGUACUUGAGCUGCUGGGGUCCUAAUUAAACAUCCAUACAUAUAUAUAUAUUUGAAGAUAGGUUGAUUAGUUCCAGUAU